CUAUCUAUAUAUUCUGCGCAAGAGGAGUUCACCAUUGCCAUUCCUCCAGCAAAUAAAAGACCCCGGCACAAGACCGACAGCGGCAGGAGCCUCGAUGGGUGGGUGCACAAGCCGACCGACGGAGGUAGAUGGCCCCCACCCCGAGGCCCUGCCGGCUGAGAACUCAGUCGCCCCCGAGCUUGAGGUGAAGCCCGUCGAAGGCGGUGAUGCUCCAACCGAGGCCGAGGCUGCAAGAGCCAAAGAGCCCCAACUUGUCGACCCAGCCACAACGAACGGUGAAGAAGAGUUGAAGCCCGAGUCAUCAGCAGCGGUGCCGGAAAAGCCCGAGGACAAGGAGGAUGCACCAACAAAUGAAGUAGCAAAAGAGAGCAAAGAAGAGGAGAAGAGAUCUCAAGUUGUGGAUCACCCUUUGGCUGCCGCCUCUGAGGGUUCAAAGACUAGCUGAGCUUCAUCAAGGAACAAGAGAUGCAUGAUAAUCCGCCAUUCAAUUGGAGCAAACAAGGAUGAACUCUUGUAUCCUAUACUUUUUCUUUUUAAUGGAUCAAAUGGAAUUUUUUUCCUUCUCCUUCA